GUCGGAUGUGCGCUGCGGGCAGCAUAGUGGAACUCCAUCGACACCCCUGUUCAACUACAUAGAUAUAUAUAUAUAGAUAUAGAUAUAGAUAUAGAUAUAUCGUACGCCGCAACGCAUGGGAAGUGCUUUGGUGUCAUGAAGACAGCUAGGCGGACUUUGGGGAGAGGCGGAGCCCCGCCUGCGGCUCGCCUCUCAUGCUUCCCCGCACCGGUGGCGGCCACCCGACCCGCCCAGACGGCGCCGCCACCUCGAAUGCGCCGAUCAUCUGCCGCCGUCUCGCCGCGCGCCAACACGUCCGCGGUGCCCUUCACCGCACCGUGCCGCUUCUACACCACCUCCGCACACCCAUCGGCAUCGACGUCACUCCUACCGCAGCCGCAGCAGCCGCAGCAGCAGCCUCGACGCCGGUCGAAGCGCUGCAGCUACGCCGACGCAGAUCGAGUCUACGCCGCCGACGCGACGAGGAAUGCGGGUAUCGGCAGCAAGGCAGACGAAGUGGGGGACGCCAAAUCAGCCCUCGGCCCUUCUUCUCCUCCGGCGUCCCCUUACGCUUCGCGCGCGGCUGCCGCGGUGCAGCAACAUCGCGGCGGUGUGCUUCGUCGCGUCUGCACACGUAUGCGGCAGCAAUGGCAAAUCAUCGUGUUGACGCUGCUGCGCACCCCGUACGUCGGCGUGCUGGUCGCGCGGUUCUUGGAAGCCUCGGCGUACGCGGCGUACGUGAAGGGCUCCGUCGUGCUCUUUACUCGCACGUCCACAAGCCCGCCCAUCACGGACGUCGCACCGGAUGCGGAUCUGCGCUCUCCAAACGAAUCAGCGGCAUCCCCACCACGCCAGGCGCGUUCCGCUGUAUUUCGCUCCUCCUCCUCCGCAACGAGCUCCCCGCCGAGACUGUUGAAUGCACACGCGCUGGACUGCCUCUACGUGGGUCAGAGUCGCCUUCACAGUCGCGGGCUCUUCACCAGCAAGGCCCUCCCACGCGGCACCCGCGUCAUCGCCGAGCCGCAGCGCUCCCUCCUGCUCGUCGCCCACUUCCUCACGCUGCUGUCGGACACAUCGGAGAAGCUGCCGGACACCUGGCACUACACCCACCCCACCGGCAGCGUGAUGGAGCUCGUAACACAGGCGCAGCCGCACCACCUGCUGAACCACAGCUGCCGCGCAAACGUGUGCAGCGGCCUGUCGCGCGUCUUCUGGCCCGCCGCCCUCCUCGCCGCGGAGCGACAAGAGAAACGGCGAAACUGUCGUCAGUCCCCACCAACGCAGCGUCGUGCUUCGUCGGGGGCAUCGCACGUUGCGUGGGAAGGCAACGAUGUGGUGUCGCUCGACGAGCGGCUGACGCGGUGGCCACACUUUGCCGACGCCAACAGCUUCUUUCUCACGCGUGAUGUGGCUGCGGGGGAAGAGCUCACGUUGGACUACAGUAAACGCAUGGCACCGCUCUACGCGGGCGAGCUAGGACAUGGCACGGGGGCGCAGGGCUGGCUGCUGUGCAGUUGUGGAGAGCCGUGCUGCCGCCACUUCGUCUACCGCCACUCACCGGAUGCGGCGGAGUAUCUGCGUCACCUACAUCCCUAUGGUGGCAUGUCGUCACGAAGAGCACCUUCACAGCAGCAGCAGCAGCAGCAGCAGCAGCAGCGCAAGUCUGUUGACUCCGCGCGGAAAGGCGAGGUGGAUGCGGUGGACGGCGACGUGCAGGACGCGUUGCACAUCACUGCGACGCUGUUGGAGUUGGGCUUCGACGACGAGCUCGUGCUGCUGUCCUACGCGGCGCGGCCGUCGGACGUCGUGGCCUAUCUCUACGGCCAGCCGCUCCCUUCGUUUGGCGGGGCGGGGGCGGCGGGGAGGAGUGCGGCGCAGGUCGGCAUCGACGUGGCGCGGCGGCGUGUGUCGAAGCGGGUCAUGCUGCAAAACUAUCGGCACGUGUUCCGGCUGCUGAACGAGGCGGUGCCGCUGCCGCCACGCCACGCAGCGCCAAAUGCGAAGGACUAG